CUUGCUUUGGCAACUGCAGAGCCUCGGAUAUAUAAGGAGCACGCAGAGGAGGUCUCAGUCGCUGUGAGAGCCACACACCCCUCACCUGCACGCACACAUACACCCACAUAAACGUUCGCCACACUCCUGCACGUCCUGCACCGUCCUCCUUCAUUCUUGCGCACAUCCCCUUCUGUGGUCUAACCGGAUGAGUUACCCGGUGGACACUGUAGGGAGUCCCUUCAGGAGAACUAUGGAUACCAGAACGACCAGCUAUGGCUACAGCCGCUCCAGCGGCACCCCCUCCAGCGGCUUUCGGUCCCAGUCCUGGUCCCGGGCCAGUCCCGGCUCCACCGUGACCACGUCUUACAAGAGGAGCGUGAAUAUGCCGGCAACCCGGGCAUACAGCUCAGCUGUGCUGAGCUCCGCCGACAGCGUUGAUUAUAGUCAAACCUCUAUUCUGAACGGAGACUACAAGCGUUCUAACGAGAAAGAGCAACUUCAAGGGCUCAAUGACCGGUUUGUUGUUUACAUUGACAAGGUGCACUACCUGGAGCAGCAGAACAAGCAGAUCGAGGCGGAGAUCCAGGCACUGCGGCACAAACAGGUGUCGCGCUCCCAGAUGGACGACCUCUAUGACCAGGAGCUGCGGGAGCUACGGGAGCUGCUGGAGCAAAUCCACCAUGACAAGGCACAAAUUCAGCUCGACACGGACCACAUCGACGAGGACAUCCAGCGGAUCAGAGACCGCUUUGAAGAAGAAGCUCGCAUCCGAGAGGAGACAGAGGCCAUAAUCCGUGUCCUGAAGAAGGACAUGAGCGACUCGGAGUUGGUAAAGUCUGAGUUGGAGAAGAAAGUUCAGUCGCUGCAGGAUGAAAUCGCCUUCAUCCGCAACAAUCACGAGGAAGAAGUCAGCGACCUCAUCGCCCAGAUUCAGGCGUCUCAGGUGACAGUGGAAAGGAAAGACCUCCAGAAGGCUGACAUCACCGAGGCUCUCCGGGAGAUUCGAAGCGAACUGGAGGGCCACUCCAACCAGAACCUGCAGCAGGUGGAAAACUGGUUCAUGUGCCGCUACGUCAAGCUGACCGAGGCUGCAGAGCAAAACAAGGACGCCAUAAAGUCCGCCCGUGACGAGAUAGCCGACUAUCGCCGUCAGCUGCAGUCCAAGACGGUGGAGCUGGAGUCCGUCCGCGGUACAAGAGACUCACUGGAGAGACAGCUUAAUGACAUCGAGGACCGCCACAACAGCGACCUGGCCAGCCUGCAGGAAACAAUUCACCAGCUGGAUAAUGAGCUCAAGAGCACCAAAUGGGAGAUGGCUCGUCACCUGCGCGAGUACCAGGACCUGCUCAAUGUCAAGAUGGCCUUAGACAUUGAAAUAGCUGCAUACAGGAAACUCCUAGAGGGUGAGGAGACCCACUUCAGCACUUUUCCUUACCGCCAGACUGUCACCACCACUAAAAUCUCUAAGCCUAAGUCGGAGCCCACAAAGCUUAAGGUGCAGCACAAGUUUGUGGAGGAGAUCAUUGAGGAGACAAGGGUUGAGGAUGAGAAGGCUGAAAUGGAUGAGGCCCUGGCAGAGCUAGCGCAAGAGCUCUCUGCCACACAGGAAGGAGAGGAGGGUGAAGAGGAAGAAGGGGAGGAGAAGGCAGAGGGAGAGGAAGCAGAGGGUGAGGUGGAAGAGGGAGAAGGAGAGGAGGGAGGAGAAGCAGAAGAAGAAGUCGUAGCUGUCACUGAAGCCAAAGUUAGCUCAAGUGCGCCCAGCAAGGAGGAAGAGGAGGAUGAAAAAGGUGGUGAUGAGGGAGAAGAGGGAGAGGGAGAAGGUGGUGAGGAUGAGAAGGAAGAAGAAGCAGAGGGAGAAGGUGGUGAGGGUGAGGAUGAGGGAAAAAAGGGGGAUGAUGCAGAGGGAGGUGAUGAAGAAGGAGAGGGAGGAGGAGAGGAGGAAGAAGUUGAGGAGACAAUGUUGUGCACCAAAGCUCCAGAGUCUAAAGCCUCUCCUGACAAAGAGAAGGCUGGAGACAAAGAGGGCAGUGGAGAAGAGGAGGGAGCAGGUGCUGAAGAAGAGAGUGGAGAUCAGGAUGAAGAUGCAGGUAGUGACAAAGCAUCCAAAAGUGGAGAUGAGAAGGAGGAAAAAGAGGAUGCAGGCAAAAAGGGAGAUGAGAAGAAGGGAAAAGAUGAGCCAGACUCAGAACCAGCUGUAACCCAGACAGAGGCUCCAAAAACUGAAGCUACAAAGGCCGAGGCCAAGAAAGAAGAUGCUCCUAAAUCUGAGGAAACAAAACCUGAAUUUCCAAAGAAAGAAGAAGCUCCCAAAACAGAGGGAUCAAAACCUGACUCUCCAAAGUCAGAUUCCCCAAAGCCUGCGUCUCCCAAAUCUGAAUCCCCUAGGCCUGCCUCCCCCAAGUCUGAAUCUCCUAGACCUGCCUCCCCCAAGUCUGAAUCCCCUAAGCCUGCCUCCCCCAAGUCUGAAUCACCAAAACCAGAGUCUCCUAAAUCUGAAUCUCCCAAGCCUGCUUCUCCUAAAGCAGAGUCUCCAAAAGAAGCAUCCCCAAAAUCUAGCUCCCCAAAAGCUGAAUCCCCAAAGACCGAGACCGCAAAGCCUGAGGCUCCUAAAAGCACUGAAGACAAGACUGAGAAAAAGAGCGAGCCAACAGAAGAGAAGAAAGUUGAAAAGAAAGAUGUUGCCAUGAACGGUGACAUAGACAAGAGUAGCCCUGAGGAGAAAGAGAAGAAGGAUGAAGGAAAAGAAGCUGAUGUGAUCACCAACGGCGUAGACGAGAGUCCUGUCAAGGAAGACGGCAGCCAGAAGGUUGUGAUCACCAAGACCGUGGAGACAAUCACCACCGGAGAGGAUGGGUCAAAGCAUGUCAUCAAGUCCGUCACUGUGACCGAAACAGUGAAGGAGGCGGAAGAGAUGCUGCAGGAGAAACUGGUCUCUACUAAGAAGACCGAGAAACACUCCACUCAGUCCAUCAAGCAGGUGACGGAGAGUGAGUGAGCGAGCAGAGAAGGAGGGGAGGAAGGGGAGAGAACAACACAAGCAAUCAAUCCAGAACUAACAUAACAAAGAAAAUCAUACAGCUAGAGCGAUGUAAUAAAGAUAACCACUCUCAAACAUACAAAACAAGUCAGAGCGAGAAGACAAAAGUUAAAUGCUACAAAUUUCAAAAAUGCAUGUUGAGUGAAAGCUUCAAACGGGCUUCACAGCAGACGCGGACAGGAGCAAGUGACUGAGAUAUUUUAUUCUUCCUUAUAUUUUUUUCCUUUCUGCAGUUAGUGGGUGAGCUCACGAAUGGGUGGGUGCUUGGGUGGGUGGGGUGUCUCUGCAUGUUAGCUCAGGGGAGCGGAAUACUUUCCUCUCUGUAUGGUAGAAAUACACCUUAAAAAGAGUAAAUACUAGAAAGCAAUCAAUAAACAAUAUUACUGCGGAGAGGGUUUUGGAGUUGAAGCAAAAGUGGGGGACUGGCGGAUGGAGGGUCCUCGAUGCAGACAUAUGUAUUCUACUGACGAAGCCUUACUUGACACGUGAAGAUACCAACUGAGCCAAAAAGAAACUAACAACAACAAAUACACAGCCAACAGUGACGGAAGAAAUGGACGGUGAUAUGAUAAACACAAUACCAUAUACAUCCAUUUACCGAAGCAGAUAAAGCUUAAGAAACCUAAAGAAACUCCUAGCCUUAAACAUGCUUUUUAUCAGUGUCUGUUAUGUUUACCUGACUGCAACUGAAAAAAAUAUAUACUGUAAAUGAUAGAAACAUGCAUUCCUGUAUGCAUAGGAUGGACUUGAAUUUAAAUACAGAAUUUAAUGAGGUGCUACUGUUUGCAAUCCCAUGACUUUACUCAUCAUGAACAAUUUCCCAGCAGCAUUUGCUCAAUAAAUGUCAUAAAGAUCUUCAAAACGCCAA